GAAGUAUCCGGAUAUAUGUCUACCAAGUCUCAGGAUUCUACCUAAACAGAGUAUCGCUUUGUCAAAUGUAAAGACUGAUUUGUGUUUGUUUGGUGAGAACAAGGAGUUUGGGACAGAAACUUGUUACUGAACGGUCAGAAUCAGCUCCGCCGUCAUGAGCGUUUCUUUGGAUAUAAGACUGAAGAGAGCAAACAAAGUGUACCGAGAAGGGGAAACCGUGUCCGGUGUGAUCGUGCUGUCAUGUAAAGAGGCGAUGCAGCAUCACGGCAUUUCCCUGAGCUUGGAGGGCAUCGUAAACCUCCAGCUGAGCUCCAAGAGCGUCGGCGUCUUUGAGGCCUUUUACAACUCUGUCAAGCCCAUCCCGCUCGUCAGCAGCAACAUCGAAGUGGCCAAGGCUGGAAAAAUCCCCGGAGGAAAGACUGAGAUCCCGUUUGAGUUUCCUCUGCAAUCAAAAGGCAACAAAGUGCUUUACGAGACGUACCACGGAGUCUUCGUCAACAUCCAGUACACCCUCCGCUGUGACUUGAAGCGCUCUCUUCUCGCCAAAGACCUGAGCAGGAGCUGCGAGUUCAUCGUCCACAGUCUGCCACAUAAAGGUAAAACUGUCCCCGCUCCGGUCAACUUCACCAUCACCCCCGAGACGUUGCAGAACACCCGUGAGAGGAGCGCGCUGCCCAAGUUUCUGAUCAGAGGCCACCUGGACGCCACGAGCUGCGUGAUCAACCAGCCGCUGACCGGAGAGGUGGUGGUGGAGAAAUCAGACGUCCCCAUCAAGAGCAUCGAGCUGCAGCUGGUUCGAGUGGAGACCUGCGGUUGUGCUGAAGGGUACGCUCGAGACGCCACAGAGAUCCAGAACAUCCAGAUCGCCGAGGGAGACGUCUGUCACGGCCUCUCCGUCCCCAUCUACAUGAUUUUCCCCCGACUGUUCACCUGCCCCACGCUGGAGACCACCAACUUCAAAGUGGAGUUUGAAAUCAACAUCGUCGUCGUCCUCCACGACGACCAUCUGAUCACAGAGAACUUCCCUCUGAAGCUGUGCCGCACCUGAACCACGCAGGUUCUGGAGAUGUCCUACAGAUGUGCUCCAGCAGCAGCAGCUCCUACAGAUGUGCUCCAGCAGCAGCAGCUCCUACAGAUGUUCAUCUUCACUAAACCACUAGUUUUACAAGAACAGGUGCUACUCUUCACAGAUCACCAUCAUUUGUGGAGUUCAUUCAUAAAAUUACAUUUUUGUGAGAUAAUAUUUCUGUGGACAUUCUGGUUUUCAUGAAUU